UAACAUUCUACCAGCCUUUCCUUUUCAAAUUAAACAGAUGAUAAGAUAUAUAUGUAUAAUAUACAACUAUAACAAAUCAAGAAUUCCCAUACGACUCAUCCAAUUAUACAAAUCAAAUGAAAACAACCACACAAUACUCAAAUAUAUAGUUACAACUAUAUAGCAUACACACACAUAUGCUCACCCGGUUGUCUGCGCAUGUUGUAACCCUCGCAAGUGAAUCCGAUGGCAACCUUGCCCUUGGCGCCAUGAUUCUUGACAAACAUCUCGAAGUAAUAGACAAGUCACUUCACCGGAGCAGGCCGAUUCGCCUCAACGGCGCCGACGUCGUGUUCGUGCAAGUUCACACCCAAACCAAUCGUAAUCUUUAUUACCUACAAACCGCUUCGCAAAUCAAGCCCUAAAUCAUCCACCUCGCCGUCGCUACCUCGACGUCGCCGUAAACCACGUCGCCUUUUCCGUCGCCUAAAGUUGCUGUUGUGAACCAUGUCACCGCUUCCACCCCGCCUCAACCUCGCUGCUGCUAAUUCGGCGUGAUUGUUUCACUUGAAUACAUAGUGGUUGUUGGGGUGAGGAUGGUAGUGGUGGCUGCUACGGGGUUCAUUCGCCGAAUACAGAGUGGUGGUGGUGGUGAUUAUGGUCCUUAUGGAUAUGGGAUGGCGGUGGUGGUUGCGGAGGUAUAGAGAUAGAGAUGGUGGUGGUGGUUGUGGGGCAUCUAUUGUGGUAGUGGGGGUGGUACUGCCGGUAGUGGCGGGGGUGGUUAUGGUGUGUUCUGGUUUUGCGUUAAUUUGUGGGUGUGUGAUGUCCAUGAGUUUGAUUUUUUAUUUUGUUUUUAAUACUUAAAUUCACCCUGCUUUCUUUAAAUUCAGUUCAUUUUUUGAGUUUUUGUUUUUAACACUUAAAUUAUUGACCUGCUUUCUUUAAACUCACUUCAUCUGCUUUCUUUAAAUUCACUUCAUUUUUUUUGUUUUAGUUUAGUGUAAUGGCGUGAUACACACACAAAGUCAAAAGAAAUUCAAGUCAUUUCAACCAUUUUGACGAGGUAACAAAAGUCAAAAGGAUAACAAUGUUAUUUUACAAGCAAAAAUUAUUCUGACACUAAUGAAAAAUAACUUUUAGUUUGGGAUGUGAGCGAAAAAUGAAUCAAACAUAUCUACCAUGAGUGAUAAUAAUUUUUUAGAAUUGUUUUAAUGUGAUAUUUGACUAAACUUAAGAGGUGUUAAUGAAAUUAACCCUUAUUUCUUUUUAUACAAUAUCGUCCCUUGAGUCCCUUCGUACCUAUAAAUUAUGCAUUAGCUAGUCCGUUUGAAUAAAUAGCAUAUCUUAUUAGAAGAUGUCUUUUAAAAGGAACAAGUUAUAGACCAUUGUUGUAGCUAUGGGCUGGGCUGCAGUAUCUCCAAUUUGGCGCCUUAGGGUAGGAUCUGAAGAGUCUUGUCUUGGAAAAAAAAAAAAAGAAUGUGUUACAGACCAUUGCCUUUCCUGGUAUAUAUCAUUGAUAAGAUAUCCCCUAUCAAUUUGUAUCUCAUGUUAUGCUGUACUUUAAUUUCAUCUCCUCGUAUAUCGGCAGCAUCAUCACCUUCACAGCAAUGCUCCAUAUCAUUUGUAUUUUCCAUUAAUUUAUGUCAUUCAUUCACAGACAAAAGAGGAAAUUUGAUUCCUUGCCGGUUUGCAAUUGAAAUAAUAUGUCUAGUUGGUGUCAACACAUAUUUUAUCAAAAGUCUUCAUACAAUUCCCAAUUAAAGACAAUUUAUGUCAUUCAUUGACGGCCAAAAGAGGAAAUUCGAUUCCUUGCCAGUUUGCAGUUGAAAUAAUCUGUCUAGUUGGUGUCAACGCAUAUUUUAUCAAAAGUCUUCAUACAAUUCCCAACUAAAGACAAGCUAAUGUAGCAGCAUUUAGGAAGCCUAAAUUAACUUACAUAAUGAUUAGCUUACCAUAUAUUGUAGCCUAUGUCUCCCGCAAUUUGUCUACAUCAAUACUGCUAAAUUUUGUAGAUAGUUUAGAGGCAAACCUACUAAGAAAUAAUUAAUAGAAGAUAAAAAAUAUGCAGAAAGAUUCUUAGCUCUAAAUGAAUGAUACAUAUAGAGGUUAAAGGCUGUGGUAAACAAGUAUGGAGUGGAAAAUCUGAUGAUUAUAGAGAUUGAGAGCCUAGAGUCCUAACUUUAUAAAAAGCCAUACACUCACAUGAGUUACACCUAAUAUUAUAGCCCCUAUCUCUCUCUCUAGCAUAAUGGCAAGUUUAGAAGAAGAGAAAGGCCAUGUUGAUAGGAAAGAGGAUUACACACAAGAUGGGACUGUGGAUCUCAAAGGUGCACCCAUCCUAAGAUCAAAAACAGGGAGAUGGAAAGCUUGUUCUUUCAUUGUAGGUAAAGCAUCUUAUGCGCGCGGUUUAAUUCCAUCCCACCCUCUUCUUUGAGCUUUUAUAUUUUAUCUAAUUCAUUUGAGUAGAGUAGUGUUGAAAUAAAAUAUUUCAAUAGUUUGGGAUGCACCUAUAUAUAUUGGAAGAACAUUUGGAGUAUUUGCUUAUGAUUUAUAAGAGCAUCAAGGCUCACCAAACAAAUAUGCAGCCUAUGUAGGACUAAUUAAGAAUUAUGUUCUUUUUCUUUUCUUUUCUUUUCUUUUUUUUUCUUUCUUGUGGUACAUCUCUUCUUCAUUUUUAACCCUCCAUAGCAAUGCUUUUGCAGCAUAUGAAGCGUUUGAGAGGAUGGCAUAUUAUGGAAUUGCAUCAAACUUGGUGUUGUAUCUAACAAAUAAGCUCCAUGAAGGCACUGUAAAAUCUUCAAACAAUGUCACCAACUGGAUUGGCACUGUAUGGUUAACACCCAUUUUAGGCGCUUACAUUGCGGAUACUUAUCUUGGCAGAUACUGGACUUUCGUUAUUGCAUCAGCCAUUUACCUUGUGGGAAUGGGCUUGUUGACACUAGCAGUUUCAUUGCCAGCCCUGAGGGCACCAUCAUGCGGUAAAGGGGUCAAGGAGGAGGACUGUAAACAGGCUUCAUCAUUACAAGUUGGCGUCUUCUUUUGUGCUUUGUACAUAAUUGCAGUGGGGACAGGUGGAACCAAGCCCAAUAUCUCAACCAUGGGGGCCGAUCAGUUCGACGAUUUUGAGCCAAAGGAAAGGUUCCAAAAGCUAUCCUUCUUCAAUUGGUGGAUGUUUAGCAUUUUCUUUGGUACCCUCUUCUCCAAUACUUUCCUUGUGUACAUUCAAGACAAUGUGGACUGGGCUCUUGGCUAUGGGCUUCCGACACUAGGGCUUGCAGUAUCCAUUUUAGUGUUCCUGGUGGGCACCCCCUAUUACAGACACAAGGAGCCAUCGGGGAGUCCCUUGACUAGGAUGGCUAAGGUGAUGGUGGCUGCAGUGAAGAAGUGGAAUGUGGUUGUCCCAAAUGACCCAAAAGAGCUUCAUGAGCUAAGCUUGGAUGAGUAUUCCAAGUCUGGCAACUUCAAAAUUGACAACACUCCUUCAUUAAGAGUCCUAGACAAAGCAGCCGUGAGGAGUGGGCCAACUUCACCGUGGAUGCUAUGUCCAGUGACCCAAGUUGAAGAAACCAAGCAAAUGAUAAAAAUGCUACCAAUUUUGGUUGCAACGUUCCUACCUAGCACCAUGCUAGCACAAACACACACACUUUUCAUCAAGCAAGGCGCCUUAAUGAACAGGAGCAUUGGUCCUCAUUUCAAAAUUCCUCCAGCAUGUCUUACAGCAUUUGUAACGAUAUUCAUGUUGGUUAGUCUUGUGGUUUAUGACCGGUACUUUGUUCCUGCAAUUCGACGCUACACCAAAAAUCCAAGAGGGAUCACAUUGCUGCAGAGAAUGGGAAUUGGAUUUGUUUUACAUGUGAUUGUCAUGGUCACUGCUUUCUUAGCUGAAAGAAAGAGACUAAUCGUUGCAAGAGAGAAUGGCAUCUCCGGCAAACACCAAAUUGUUCCUCUUAGCAUUUUCAUUCUCCUCCCUCAAUUUGCUUUACUUGGGAUUGCUGAUAACUUUUUGGAAGUUGCAAAGAUUGAGUUUUUCUAUGACCAAGCACCACAGGGCAUGAAAAGCCUUGGGACUGCCUAUUUCACAACCAGCUUCGGAGUUGGGUAUUUCCUCAGCAGUUUCCUUCUAUCAACAGUGGCUAAUAUUACUAAGAAGAAUGACCACACUGGCUGGAUUUUGGACAACCUAAAUAUCUCUCAUUUGGACUACUAUUAUGCCUUUUAUGCUAUCUUGAGCUUUCUCAACCUUCUGUUUUUUCUGGUUGUUGCGAAGUCAUUCGUAUAUAAUGCGGAUGUGAAUGAAUCUCAAAGAGAGCUGCAGGAAUCAAUGCAACCCUUGUGGAACAAAGCUGCAUCUCAAGAUGACAAGGGUUUGAAAGACGGGCUAAGUUCCUAAAACUUCUUGUAAAUUGUUUUCAUAUGUGAAUCAUAUACAAGCUGGUAAAAAACAAUCAAUAUCAACUUGUUCUCUUUUCUUCAUACUUGGCCACUGCAAGUGAAAAGCUCAUUAUAAAUGUAACAUAGAUUUUGGUCAUUUUCUGCAUAUUCUAUGAAGUUCUCCUAUCAAAACUUAAUGGCGUAUUCUAUGUAUUAGUGGCAUUGUUUGGCUAAAUGGGAUCAACCUCUUUCAUACACUACAGACGUAUACCACUCUAAUGUCACAUAAAAUUAUUUCCAAGGUGAUUACCAAUAGACUGAAACCUAUACUUAACACCAUGAUUAAUGAUACCCAAAGUGCUUUUGUAGCUGGUAGACAGGACAAUAUUUGAUCACUCAUGAAUUGUUGCAUUACAUGAAAAAUGAAAGGGAACGAAAAAAAACGCUUUUGCGGCACUUAAAUUGGACAUGAGUAAAUCCUAUAAUAAGGUUUAGUGGUUUUUCUUGCUUGCUAUUUUUUAAAAAAAAAAUUAUAAAAAUAAAAAAAUAAAAAAUUAUUGGGACUCAAUUGUCAUUGGUUUUACCGCAUUUGUUCAUUCAUUCAUUCAUGUAUAACCUCAGUUUCUUACUCAAUUUCGAUAAAUUGUAGCCCUUGUGGUUUCUUCAAACCCUCAAAAGGCUUAAGGCAGCGAGAUCCUCUAUCUUUCAACCUUUUCCUUAUACGUGCAAAAGGAUUUUGUUGAUCUAUGUCCUAGGAAUUGCGCAUUUAAUAUAAAAAAUUAUUAAUUUCACCCUAAUUUUAGCUUUAGUGCCCACUAUGCCCAUUAUCAUCACUUACUGCAUAAUUCAUGUUCACUUUCUAUUGUGCUGAAAGUGCAUCAUAUCCGUCAUUUGAAUAUAUUAGUGUUUCAAGUUAUUUAUGUGCUUAGUGCAUCAUUCUUGUAGCCUAUAUAUUGCUUAUUGCAGCUGCUGAGGAUUUAAAGAGACCGGAUAAUUAAAUUGCUAAGGCUGAGUGCUGAGAAUCUCUCUACUCUUUCCAUAUGCAUUGAGUGAUCCUUUUUUCUCAUAUAGAAUGCUAGAUUUCAUUGUGGUUUUAGCAUAUUGAGAAGGAGCUGCAUUUUCUUACUGCUCAGUUCUGAAAAAACUGCAUUGUUGCAUCAGUCAAGACUAUGAGUUGAUUAAGAUGAUUUUAUCUUUUUGAGGUCUUGAAGGAUUCUUGAUGAUCUGAGCAAUGUUAAAAUAGUCUCUGAAGGUUCCUCAAGCUGCAGAAUUCACAAAAGCAUGGCUGCUACAACUUUCCCUACAGCAAACCAUGCCAGCAGAAACUGAGAACCUGUUUCAGUUGCUGUCAAGCCUCAAAUAGUGCUAUCAAGUGCAGAUGCUGUGUAUUUGAGACUGUCCUUGGCGUGAACAAAAUUAUUUCUUCAUUUUACAUCAUUUCAAGCAAGUCCCAAGUCUUUGCUGAGGCUGCAUCAAAGAUUCACCUUUCAAACCUCAGUUUUCAGCUCCUAUUGCAGUUGUUUAGUGUUAUCCUCCUGCUGGAUUCUUGUCUUGAUUCCGAUAAAGAGGUUUAUGCUUUGUUUGUGAAUGGAGGUUCUGGAAAAAUAUAUGUCGAGUCCUGCAUCAACCACAAAGCAUCCUUGAACAGCUUUUUUUCUUACCCAAGUCCAGUAAUGUGUUCCGCUUUAAGAUGGGGUCUUGAUGAAUUAGACAGGGAAAGAUCCAAUGAAACCAUCAACUGAAAGGAAGAGGAGAGACAUUUACUGGAUUGCUGAGAAGAAAAUGAGCAUUGUUUGUGAGUGGAGGUUCUGUAAAAAUAUAUGGCGAAUCCUGCAUCAAUCGCAAAGCAUCCUUGAACAGCUUCUUUUUUUUUUUUUCUUUCCCAAGUCCAGUUAUGUGUUCCCCUUUAAGAUGGGGUCUUGAUGAAUUAGACAGGGAAAGAUCCAAUGAAACCAUCAACUGGAAGGGAAGAGGAGAGACAUUUACUGGAUUGCUGAGAAGAAAAUGAGGAAUCAAAAGAAUUUGCAGUCAUCUUUCUUCAAUUUCUCCUCACUGUGGAGCAUACCAAAAUGACUUUGGUGGGAGAGGUUUAAUGUUCCUCACGUCCUGCUGGAUUAUUGUCUUGAUCUUAAUAAGAGGGUUAUGGCGCAUUGUUUGUGAAUGGAGGUGCUUAAAAAUAUGUGGCUCUUUUCUUUCCCAAUUCCCGUUAGGUGUUCUUCUAUAAGAUGGGGUCUCGACGAAUUAGACGGGAGAGAUCCAAUGAAAACCAUCAACUAAAAUGAAGAGAGAGAUCUACCAGGAAGAAAAUGAGGAAUCAGAAAGAAUUUGCAGUCAUCUCCUCCCCAUGGAGCAUACCAGAAUGGCUUUGGUGGGAGAGGAAUAGAUACCCCCUCUAGGUUUACUCCCUACACGAUUACUAGAAAUGGUGCUUUGCAUCAGCUGUUAAUGAGUGUCUUGAUACAUUGUCCUGACUGACAUUCGAAGAACUUGGAUUCAUGCUGUUUGUCCAGAUUUUUUAUUUUAUUUUUUUAUUGGAGAGGCUUUUGAAUGGGUGUCAACUGUUGGAACUUGGAAGGUGGACUAAACAGCUGUAUUGUCAUUUUUUUCUCUUUGAAAAUAGAAAGAUGCAUUUGACGCUGAACUUCUACAUUGCUCUGUUUUCCAGUUGUGAUUGGUAAAUGGCAUUAUGGUAGGUGGUUCUGCUUCCCGAGUGGGUGUGCCUGCAUGUGUUCAAAGUCCACCCUAGUUUGUCGGGAUUAAAAAAAAAAAAAAAAAUUGUUGACUGGUUAAAGUCCAUUUGAUGCAUCAUAAUGGUUCCAUUUUUUUUUUUUUU